GUGAAGCCCAAGCUAGCAAAGGUAGAAAUGAAGUUUGAAAAGCUCAUAAAUAAGCUCUGUUUGUUCUAAAACUUGGGAAACUUUCGUCUUUCUACCUUACAGCUACCUGCAUGGCAAAGAAAGCUUCACUAAAGCAAGAAAAAGCAAGGUGUGUGUGUGUGUGUGGGGUUUCUUACCCCACGGUGCCACCGUGCAGCCAUCCUCGGGUGCACAGUGAGAAGAAGCACUCCAUGACGGCGUGGCGGAGAUCGGCGGCUGACGCUAAGCGGGCCUGCUGAGAGGCGCACGCCCGCUCGGCCUCCCUGAAACCCAGAAAGCUGGAGGAAUUGAAGCCAAGAAAAGGCAAGAAAAGCAUCCAAAGAGGCCCAGCAUCCUUUCACCCUCAAUAAACGUCACCUUUGUCCCAAGUUCCGAAAAGAAAGCGUCCAAAGAGUGAGAGCCGUAUCCUGGAAGUCAAUCUCUCAGGCUUCAGAAGGACGAGACGUUCCUCCAGAGGCUGCAGAGGUGUCACGGUCCGGACGUCGCCUGAUUUGACACCGCUGGACUCUUUCCUGUGGGGCCAGAAGCGACCUGGGGACACCACCACAAGAUCUCCACGAUAUUGAACAACGAAUCAGAGCUAAGUCCUGCGAUGAGACGGCGAGCUGGGGAGCCGCCGGCCUACGAAAAGAGCUACGUGCACAGCCUUCCCGGAGCACCCACAGCGCCCUCGCACAGCGCCCGGGCGACGGGAGCCUCGCUUGCGGCUGGCAGGAGGAGAAGGAAACGAGGCGGAGGAGGACCCUGGCUCGGCUCGACUCGGCACUGCUCGGCUCCCGCACCACAGCCACCACCACCGCCUAAACCGGAGCGAAAAUAAAACGGCGACAGAGACAGCUGCGCCGAGCGGCUCGGCCGGGGUCGACGCGGCUCGCGAGCAGGGACGCCGCAGACAUGAACGGCAUCACCAAGGGCCGCUUCGAGGUGUUCUCAAACAGCGAUGAAGCCCCCAUUAACAAGAAGCUCCCCAAAGAGCUGCUUCUUAGGAUAUUCUCCUAUCUGGAUGUGGUUACACUCUGUAGGUGUGCCCAAGUAUCCAAGGCAUGGAACGUUCUGGCCCUGGACGGCAGCAACUGGCAGAAGAUCGACCUUUUCAACUUCCAAACGGACAUCGAGGGCCGCGUGGUGGAGAACAUUUCCAAGCGUUGCGGAGGCUUCCUGAGGCAGCUGAGCCUCAGAGGCUGCCUCAGCGUGGGGGACGCCUCCAUGAAGACAUUUGCGCAGAACUGUCGAAACAUCGAAGUGCUGAACCUGAACGGCUGCACCAAGAUCACGGACAGCACCUGCCUCAGCCUCAGCAAGUUCUGCUCCAAGCUCAAGCACCUCGAUCUCACCUCCUGCGUUUCCAUCAGCAACCAUUCCCUCAAGGCUCUCAGUGACGGCUGCAGAAUGCUGGAGAUGUUGAAUCUGUCCUGGUGUGACCAGAUCACACGCGACGGCAUAGACGCUCUGGCUCGAGGCUGCGCGGGUUUACGAGCGCUGUUCCUCCGAGGCUGCACGCAGCUGGACGACGGCGCCUUGAAGCACCUUCAGAAGCACUGCCAAGAGCUCACCACCAUAAAUAUGCAGUCUUGCAUGCAAAUAACGGACGACGGCCUGGUGAGUCUGUGCCGAGGAUGCCACAAGCUGCAGAUCCUGUGUGUGUCUGGCUGCAGCAACAUCACCGACGCCUCCCUCACUGCACUGGGACUCAACUGUCCCCGACUCAAGAUCCUUGAAGCGGCCCGCUGCUCCCAUGUGACAGACGCUGGGUUCACCGUGCUGGCCAGGAACUGCCACGAGCUUGAAAAAAUGGACUUAGAAGAAUGUAUUUUGGUGACGGACAACACCCUGGUUCAACUGUCCAUCCAUUGCCCUCGCCUGCAAGCAUUGGUAAGCAUCACCUCCAACAUGGCUUCUUUUCCCGCCUCCUUCUGCCCUCACCGCGUGUCGUCGUCGCCGUCCUCCUCCUCCUCGCAGUCCCUGUCUCACUGUGAGCUGAUCACGGAUGACGGCAUCCGGGCGCUGAGCGGCAGCGCCUGCGGCCAGGAGCGCCUCACGGUGGUGGAGCUGGACAACUGCCCCCUCAUCACCGACGUGACCCUGGAGCACCUGAAGAGCUGCCACCGGCUGGAGCGCAUCGAGCUCUACGACUGCCAGCAGGUCACCCGGGCCGGCAUCAAGCGGAUCCGGGCCCAUCUUCCAGAGAUCAAGGUCCAUGCCUACUUUGCCCCGGUCACGCCCCCUCCCUCUGUGCACGGAGGCGGGCAGCGUCUGUGCCGCUGCUGCAUCAUCCUCUGACAGUGGAGGGCCAGGGGGGGCCACCUCUGCCUGCAGGUGCUGCUGCUCUGAGACCGGGACGGUGGCGGCAGCAAGUGGGGGAGGACCCGAUCGGGGGGGGAGGAGGAGGAGGAGGGGCUGGACCCACUCGACCGCUCCUGGUCACAUAACCAUAACGACACGGACGCAUCGCCGCCGGUCCCCCUGUCGGCUCCACCCGGCCCCCCCUCUUCCUCAUCCGCCAGGACAUCAGCAUGGAGGGACGACGAGGACGCUUCAUCAUCAUCUGCUCUUUUCCGUUUGGACAAAAGCCGCCGUUCCACUCCUCGCAGUCCGACUGCAGCGUGUCGUUUCCCGAGUCGAGGAAGGAGACUUGAUCCUGUGGGCCUGACAUCACGUGACCAUCCUGUCAUUCAUCCCGCUUCCAGCUACGGACACGCACGUGGACCAGACCGGCGUGGGGGAAUCUGGAGCCCAUCGAGAUCAGCAAGAAAACAGGAAGUAGAUCAACAGACCAUGUGACAUAGUUGUACAUCUCAGAUGUUUGUACAGUUUUUGCAAUGAGGACAAAAAAGACACUUCAUGGAGGUAGGCCAACAAAAAAAAUGAUUUAUGACUUUUUUUUUUCCUUUGUUGUUGUACAGGUGGUCCUCGGGUUAGCAACCACUGCCGCUGCUACCUAGCAUGUGACGUACGCGUCCAGUUUACGUUAAUUCCUAAAUCAGCCAGGGCUGUCCAAAGCUCAGCACAUUCGAAAAAUAGGGUUUAGAAAAAAGAAGUCGUCAAUAUAAUAUUGUGAAAAUAUUUCACAAUAUUGUGAAAAAAUAUUAUAUUAAAUAUAAAAUAUUAAAUUAUUAAAUAAAAUAUUUUAUUAUAUUAAAUAUAAAAUAUUAUUAUUAUUAUCAUUAUUAAAAAUGUUAGCAUAAAAUUUGAAUAUUUUACGUUUUUAAGAUGCAAUAUUAUGGGAAACAAACAAAAAAACAAGUCAUCCAGUGAUCAUAAUAUCACAGGAAUAAAUUCAUAAUAUGCGAAUUACGUCACAACACUAAAAGCGAUGGCUUUCCUUUUCCUUGCCGCACUUCAAGACAUGAAGUCCAAAAAGUUAACAAAUACGGUGGCGUGAAAAAGUGUUUGCACUCUUCCCGAUGUCUUAUUUUUUUGUAACACGUUUUUUCUAACACACAGAUCAUCAAAUUGAAAUAUUAGUCAGCGUACGCAACCCAACACAAAAUGACACUUUUAUUAUUAAGGGGGGGGGGGGGAAGCAACAUGGCCCUGUGUGGAAAAAGUCAUUGCUUUGGGACUCAAGCCAAACACAGUGAGAGCCGUUAUGCACACACGAUGAAAACCGAGAGCGCAGCCACGACUCAUCCAAGAGGUCACAAAAGACCCCGCAACAACAUCCAAAGAAGUGCAGGCCCCACUUGCCUCAGUUAAGGUCAGUGUUCAUGACCCUGGACAAAAACGGCCUGCAUGGUAGAGUUCCAAGACCAAAAACAACAUUGAGGCUCAUCUCAAUUUUGCCAGAAAACAUCUUGAUGAUCCCCGAAACCGCAUUUUAGAAAAAGAUGAUAUCAACAGUAAAAUACGGUGGUGGUAGUGUGACGGUCUGGGGCUGUUUUGCUGCUUCAGGACCUGGAAAACUUGCUAUGAUAAAUAAGCAUGCAUUGUGCUGAAAAUGGUCCAAAACACACCAGCAAGUCCACCUCUGAAUGGCUGAAGACUUUGGAGUUGGUCUAGUCCAAGUCCUGAUCUGAAUCCUAUUGAGAUGCUUUGGCAUCUCCAAUGUGGUCGAAUGACAACAAUUCCUCCACAGCUGCAAGAGACUCAUUGCAAGUUAGCACAAACGCUUGAUUGCACUUGUUGCUGCAAAGACGGGCCCGACCACUUCCACACUAAAAACAGCUCGUGUUGCGUUGUCACUGACUAAAAAUGACAUUGUUUUGAUGGUCUGAAACAUUUCAGUGUUACAAACCUUCAAAAAGUAGGAACUUCGGAAGGGACCGAGACUUUUUCACGCCACUGUAAGGGAAGUUAUUAAUGAAUCUACGGGAGUGUGUUCAUACCCGAGGAGCACCCGUGCCGGUCCACUUCCUGCUUGGGUUGGCAUUGUGAAAAUUGCAGAGGACCCUCGCCGUUUGACAGGAAAUAAAAAAGAUGGUGUAAUUAAGAGCCACAAUGUUUUCAAAGUAUUAUCAGGGCUUUUCCCGGCUAAGACUCUUAUCCAAUCCUGGCAGUAGCCCCGUGCACUAGCUCCCAUUUGAGCGUUUGUUUACAUCCUGGAUUAGCUUAGCACCACAACACAAACAUGUUUACAUUUUUUUUUUUUUUUUUUAGUCUGCCUUCCCCACACGUGAUGAGUCCAGUAGGAAUCAUUUCAUUGGAUCGUUAUUUCAAAUUUAAUGUGCAUUAGACGCCAAUCAGGGCACUGUGUUGCACUUUUUUUUUUUUGACAAUCACACAAAUUCAUACGAUUUGGAAAAAAAAUGUUAAGUAUCUGGACAAGCCCUACAAGAAAACCGUAACAGACUUUGAUGUCAUGCUUUGAUCUUUUCAUCUUCUUGCCCUGGACAACAGACUACUAUGUAGUGCCAAGAGACUUCCAGGAGGAUGAUGGACAGACAGAAGUAGAAAAAAGAUGAUUGACAGCUGAGCUGACUGACUCGCUAACGCCCCCCUCCUUGACAGCUCUUCUAACAGUUUUAUGUUUGAGAAAAUAAAUGGGAAAAAUAAAGAUGGAUAAAUAAAA